GUUUCUCCAGUUGUCUCGCUAUCAUUCAAAACCCUGACCCCGAACACCACCUGAAACCACCCCAAUCUCUGCCACCGCAAUUAACCACCCUGACUGUCGCUGCCGAUGUCGGGCGAGGGUGAUGUGUUUUCGAUUUUCUGAGGUCAUCAAACGUUUCAAUAGUUAAGGAAGUGUCUGAAAUUGCAUUUUUCGGUGCUGAAGAAGCUGCACAGAGUUUUCAAUGCCCUAUAUGCAUUGUAAGUAAUAAUUGCCCCCAUUAGAAGUCACAUAUUGGCAGCUGAUUAUGGCAAGCAAAGGUCGAGUCCCUCCUCCCCACCUUCGUCGUCCUCUUCCGGUCCCUGGCGUAGUGCAUCCUGAUCCAUAUGCAUCUGCAGUUCGUCCGCCUCUUGGUGGUUUCCCGCCAUUUGAGAUGUUGCCUCCUCAUGAGGUGAUGGAACAAAAGCUUUCUGCACAACACAUUGAGAUAGAAAAACUCGCAACAGAAAAUCGGAGGCUUGCUGCUACUCAUGGAACUCUAAGACAAGAUCUUGCUACCGCUAAGCAUGACCUGCAGUUAGUACAUACUCACAUUGCAGAUGUGAAGUCUGAAAAGGAGCAGCAGAUGAGUGGUCUUAUAGAUAAAAUGUCAACGUUGGAGUCUGAACUUGAAGCUGCAAAAUCCAGCAAAACAGAAUUGCAACAAGCGAGAGCUGAAGCACAGAGCUUGGUUUCUACAAGGCAGGAACUAAUUUCGAAGGUGCAGCAGUUGACCCGUGACCUUCAGUUGGCUCAAUCUGAGGCUCAGCAAAUCCCUUCUCUAAUGGCAGAACUUGAAAGCUUGAGACAGGAGUAUCAGCAUUGCAGGGCUACGUAUGACUACGAGAAGAAGUUAUACAAUGACCACCUUGAAUCUCUUCAGGUGAUGGAGAAGAACUAUGCGGCAAUGUCGAGAGAGGUGGACAAGCUCAGAGCAGAGUUGGCUAAUUCUGCGAACUUCGACCUGCGGACAGGAGGGUCCUAUGGCAGUUCUGCUGGAUAUAAUAGAAGUGUUCCUGGGGGAAACUAUGCUUCUGUGCAAAAUGCCUAUGGUGUGGGACAGGGCCAGGGCCCCGCCCCCUUCCGGGUUAGUGGGGGGGGACCUGCUAGUGCAGCUGGUCCCGGGGGCAAUUCUCCUCAUGUUGGAGCGCAUUCCACUCCUUAUGGUUCAGGAACUCCGCGUGAUGCAUCCAGUGGCCCUGGUUAUGGUGCAUCUAGGGGAACUGGUUAUGAUCCCCAUAGACGGGAUGUUGGAACUGGGUAUGAUGCCCAAAAGGGACAUGCUGGAGCAGGUUACGAUACUCAGAGAGUGCAAACUGGAACUGGUUUUGAUGCCCAAAGGGGAUCAGUCGGACCUGGCUAUGAUGCCCACAGGGGACCUAUGUCAUCUGUCCAUAAUACCCAAAGGGGACCCGCAUAUGAAGCUAUGACUGUGAGAGGACCUAGGUCUGACACCCAGAAGGGACCUGGAUAUGAGAUUCAGAGGACACCUGGGUAUGAUGCUCGUAAAGGGUCCAUUUAUGACGGACAAAGUGCUCCAGCUUAUGAUAUGCAACGGGCAUCAGGAGAUGAAGCUCAUAGGGGAUCUAAUUAUGAUACGCAGAAAGGUGCUAGCUAUGAUGCCUCAUCUAGAGGAAUUGUAGGGCCUCAAGGACAGGUUUCUGUGAACAAUGUACCUUAUUCGUCUAGAGCUGGAACAGGAUAUGAGCCAGUACCACGAGGUGGGAACCCUGUACGUAGAUGA